CCCCGCUGGGCUGGGCUGGGCUGGGCUGACCCCUCCCCAGUCGGGGGCGGGACCCCAGGAAGUGCGAGUUAGCAGAACCGCUGGGGAGCAUCAGACGGUGGAGAGGCGCUAUGGCGGGAACGAAUCCCGGGGCCCGCUUCUACCGGCAGAUCAAGAGACAUCCCGCGCUCAUCCCGAUGAUCGGCUUCAUUGGCCUGGGAAUGGGCAGCGCCGCGCUGUACCUCCUGAGACUCGCCCUGCGCAGCCCCGACGUCUGCUGGGACAGAAAGAACAACCCAGAGCCCUGGAACCGCCUGAGCCCCAAUGACCAAUACAAGUUUCUUGCAGUUUCCACUGACUAUAAGAAGCUGAAGAAGGACCGGCCAGACUUCUAAGCUGGCUGGGGUGCCUAUGAGAAGUAAACCACCAUCAGCCGGACGACUCAUUUCUUCCAUUCUCUGCCCCCUGCCCCCAGGGCGCCACUCUAGCCACCCUGUCCAGCUGCUGCUUACACAGGCUUAGUUCCCACAGGAGGGGAGACGGCUCCCCACCCCCUUCCCGUGCUCCCUCAGCGGAAGCGCCUCUGACCCUCCGUUGGAGUCCCACGCGGGGGGAGGAGUUAGGAGGGCGGGCAGUGUGUUGACCCAAAAGGCUCCAACCAGCCCCUCUGCCCCCCUACUGGGGCCUUGCAGGGUGUGGCUCAGGCUACGUGUUGAGCGUGGCCAACGUGAGCCAAGAGCAAGCGAGGGCCUCUUGGUGCCAAGUGACGUGGCGGGCCCCACGUUAGCCCAGGCUCUGGUUCCCGUGCAGGGGAGGUGCUGCUCUGGCUCGACUGGGCUCGUCCCCUGCCGUCCCCUGCCGCCCAGCCCGCCCUGGAUGAGGCACCUUCGCCAGGGGAAGCUCAGCGAGAGCUCCUCCCCGAGCCUAAGCCCACUGAUUCCCCAGCCAACAGGCAUCCCCUCCCUGCAGCCUUGCACCUGGGCCUCCCCCUGCCAUCCUGCCCCUCCCUUGCUCCCCUCAGUCCCCUGGGAUCAAACAGAAGCAGCCGUGGGCAAAAUACAAUUUCAUUUAACAAAUUGAA